AUGAGUGAACCAACAAACAUAAACAACAACAACAACAACAACAACAAUAAUAAUAUAUCACCUCGAACAACUUCAUCGUCAUUUGAUGGUGAUCAACAACAACAGGGUCAACAGACAUUGGCCGCAUCAUUACAGAAUAGAUUGAAUCUAGCUGGUACUUCACCGUUGAGGACAUUGAUCAGAGCAUCAUCUCUACAGAAUCUACCUAGUCACAGUAGUGCAAAGGAGCAACAGGUCGCACCUGUAUUGGUCAGUCCCACAGCGGCAGUGGUCGCGACGACCAAGGACAAGAUGGACCUGAUCACAUCGGACCUCAUACAUCCAGGUCCCAGCUCCAAGUACGACUUUGUCAAGGUGAAGGUGCGUCUAGAGGACCACUACUACGUGCUCUCGCGUUUCCUCAUUUCAAGAGUGCUCAAUGUCACCAAGGUGGAUGCGGCCGACUCUGUCAAGAUCUCGUUGGAGCUCAAGAAGCGUCUGGUCGAUCAAGGUCGUCUCACUCUGUCCCAGGCCGAGCUUGAGAGUGAGCUGUUCUCCAUCCUUCUCACCUACGGAUAUGGCGCAGAGUAUAUAGAUAGAUAUAGAAUGACUACACAGUUCCAUCAUCAAAGAGUACCUUUGAUCAUUUUGAUAUCAGGUCCCAAGUGUACAGGCAAGUCUUGGUUGGCAACACAGUUGGCAGAGAGACUGAACUUGUCUACAGUGCUCCAGACGACAUUGGUACAGGAUCUGAUGGAUACGAUCAUAAGGGAGUUCAAUCCGACCACUGGAUCGGAUCUUUUUGGUAUGCCUUCAGACCCACCAAUCGUCUUUAAGAACUACAGUACAAAGGAGGAGUUGUUAACAGACUUUAAGAAGGAGUGCUAUAUGAUACGCCACGGUGUCGACACUGACAUUGAGAAAUGCUUUGAAGAGGGCAAGGCCAUCAUCAUUGAGGGUCCACACAUUGAUCCAAACCUCUUCAAGGAGUUGCUUGAGGAGAGGACCAUGAAGGCACCAUCACCAAUCCAAACAUCCUCAGAUGAUUCACCGGCAGCACCAGCAGCACCACCAGUAUCACUGGCACAGAAGCUGAAGCCAAAGGUCAAGGGCAUAAUCAUACCAUUCGUGCUGGCCUUGAACAAGAAUGAUCACACGUUGUUGGUGGAGAACUGGCUGUCAUGUAGCGAAACAAACUCGGCCUAUGCCAAGAAGUCGUUUGGAGACGACCCAGAGGUACAGACCAAGCGUGUUGUCGAGAACCUACAGACGAUACAGGAGUACCUGUGUCAGGGUGUACCUCCCUUUGUGAGAGUGGAUGUCAAUGCCUACAACUUCCUGGAGACUCUGGACGUUAUGCACAGCGCCGUCCUUCACAGGAUCAACAGUGUCUACUCUGGCCACGUCAAAGGAUUCGAGUACGAAACAUAA